UGUACUUUGUAUGAUCAUCAACGUCAGUUUAAAUGCCUUCAAUUAUUACUAGCUUACCAGAAUAUCGCAUUCCAAUUUGGUGCGUUAGUCUGAACAUAUUGUAAGGCACACAGAGUAGUAGCGAGUCUAAUCAAAGCACUACUGAAGUGGGGAUAUAGGAUGAUGACUGGAGAAAAUGAUGUCCAUAAAACCCUCAUAGCUCUUUUGAUGUCAGUGCGCCCAUUGCAAAUAGAUUCAUAUUCAGUUAUUUACUUCCAUAAUCAUCGAUAAUCUUAGUGCAAUGGCUACAAAUGUAUGCCAAAACAUGUGCUUGGCCUAUCUCCUUGUUUUGUCCAUCUGGAUUUCACAUGCCCGCUGUCGCCUCUCAAUGAGGAACAUAUGCUGAAGAGGCAUGAGGAAUGGAUGGCUAUGCAUGGCCGCGUCUACACAGACUCAGCCGAGCACGAGAAACUCUUUGCAAUAUUUAAGGAAAACGUUGAACGUAUCGAUGCUUUUAAUAACGGUGUGGAGAAAGGAUAUAAGCUAGGUGUAAACAAAUUUGCAGACUUAACUAAUGAGGAAUUCCGUUCCCUACACAUUGGUUACAAAUGCCAGUCUUUUGAAUUGAUGUCAAAUUCAAAACCCGCAAAUUUCUGCCAUGGAAAAGUAACCGCUACGCCUACUAUUGUGGACUGGAGGAAAAAGGGUGUCGUGACCUCUGUCAAGGAUCAAAGCUCAUGUGGAUGUUGUUGGGCGUUUUCAGCAGUAGCGGCUAUAGAAGGCAUAACAGCACUCAAGAAAGGGAAGUUAAUUUUAUUGUCAGAGCAGCAACUUGUGGACUGUGAUAUCAAUGGUGAAAAUAAAGGAUGUGAAGGUGGCUUUAUGGACACUGCCUUUCAGUUCAUCAAAAGUAACCAUGGCCUAACAUCAGAAGCCAACUACCCUUACCAGGGAUCGGAAGGAGCUUGCAGAAAGAAGGAAGCAAAUCCUGCAGCAACUAUAACCGGCUACGAAGAUGUACCGCCUAAUAACGAAAAGGCCUUGUUACAAGCAGUGGCCAACCAACCAGUUUCUGUUGCUAUAGAAGGAAGUGGAUGGUCUUUCCAGUUUUACAAGAGCGGGGUCUUCUUAGGGGAGUGUGACACUUACCUUGACCAUGCUGUCACGUUGGUUGGGUACGGAACCAACUCGGAUGGUACCAAGUACUGGUUGGCGAAGAAUUCGUGAGGCACUGACUGGGGUGAGAAAGGGUAUAUGAGGCUAGAGAGGGAUGUUCCUGCCAAGGAAGGCCUUUGUGGCGUUGCCAUGAAAGCUUCUUACUCACUUGCAUGAAAGAAGAAAAUAUUAUUGGAAUACUGUUAUAUUAAGCUGCAACCUGUCAAUACCAAUAUCAUGUUAUUUGUCUGAAGGUGUAAAACUAUUGUAAAAUUUGUGUUAUGGUAGCUACGCUUCCUGUAGGAAACUGUAAAAAAAAAAAACAGCAAUAAAGUGUUUGAUUUGAUGA